AUGGAAGCUUUGAAUAAAGCAAACACAAGCUUUGCUCUCGACUUCUUCAAACAUGAGUGUCAGGAAGACGGUGACAAGAAUAUUUUGUUCUCCCCUUUCAGUAUUUCAUCUGCCCUGGCUACUGUUUAUUUGGGAGCCAAAGGUAACACUGCAGAUCAGAUGGCAAAGGUACUUCACUUUAACAAAGCUGAAGGAGCCAGAAACGUCACCGCAAUCAUAAAAAUGCAAGUCUGUUCCAGAACAGAAGAGCGUCUAUCAAAUCAAUGUACUUGUUUCCAGAAGACAGAAAUUGGCAAAUCAGAUAAUAUCCAUACUGGGUUUAAAGCACUCAAUUUUGAAAUCAAUCAACCCACUAAAAAUUACCUGCUUAAAAGUGUCAACCAGUUAUAUGGAGAAAAAUCAUUGCCUUUCAGUAAGGAAUACUUACAGUUAGCCAAGAAAUAUUAUGAUGCAGAGCCACAAUCAGUUGACUUUGUGGGAGCAGCAGAUGAAAUCAGAAGAGAGAUCAAUUCCAAGGUCGAACACCAGACUGAAGGUAAAAUCCAAAAUCUGCUGCCUCCUGGAUCCAUAGAUUCACUCACCAGGCUAGUCCUGAUAAAUGCGCUCUAUUUCAAAGGAAACUGGGCAACAAAGUUCGAAGCUGAAGCUACCAGGCAAAGGCCUUUCAGAAUAAACAUGCAUACAACUAAACCAGUGCCCAUGAUGUACCUGAGUGAUAAAUUUAACUGGACCUACGUAGAAUCAGUUCAGACUGAUGUUCUUGAGCUUCCAUACGUCAAUAACGAUCUCAGCAUGUUUAUCCUGCUACCAAGUGACAUCACCAGCCUACAAAAGCUAGAAAGAGAAUUGACUUUUGAAAACUUGUCUGCAUGGACCAGCCCAGAACUAAUGGAGAAAAUUAAAAUGGAGGUUUAUCUGCCCAAGUUCACGUUAGAAGAGAAAUACGACCUCAAAUCUAGUUUGAGCAGGAUGGGGAUACAAGAUGCCUUCACUGAAGGUCAAGCUGAUUUCACAGGAAUGUCAGAGAACGGUGAUCUGUUUUUGUCACAAGUUUUUCACAAGUGUUAUCUGGAAGUCAAUGAAGAAGGCACAGAGGCAGCAGCUGCCAGUUCAGCAGCACUGGCAUCACGAAGUCUUGGUGCUACUGUUAUUUUUGUGGCAGAUCACCCUUUCCUCUUCUUCAUCAGGCACAACAAGACCAAGAGUAUUCUCUUCUUGGGAAGGUUCUCUUCCCCCUAGAAACUCGACCAUUACUAAACAGGCUCUUGCAACAACAAUAAUGAACAAAAUACGCACCACGAAGAGCAUCUCAAUAGUCUGUGCACUUCUUAAUUUUCCUGUACUGUUGAGAAAUCUCUCAAUGUUAGAAGAGAACACAUAUGAAAAAUAACCUGGAAUUCAUGCCUCUGGCUCAUUUGCCUGGCCAAAGAACCCCAAAAUGGUAGCACUACACUAUAAGCACCAAACUGUGCACAGAACAACAUUGACAUGUCUCUUCAGCGCUUUCUGAACCAAAACCGCCACCAUGAUGAACAGACUAAGUUGAUCUAAAACAGUAAUGCCCAACACACUUGCUUUGAUACAUAAGAAGGAAAGAAACAGGAAAAACUCCUUCCUGCAGAACGCUGCUGCAUCUCCACUAGUUUCAGCUCACUAAACUGGUCAUCCCAGGAGGGUUACCUCACCCACAUUCUUGUCAGUUUUAUACCAACUUUGCAGCCUGGCACAGCUGGUAAUGAA